GGCAUCGGUAAUGUUUGUUUUUACUUUGUUCAUGUGUGGCACGGCUUUAAACAUUCCGUUUUACUUCACAAACGACUUUUUAAAAUCAUUAUCCAAAUUUAUCCAUGGUUUGCCUCACGGUGCAUUCGUUUGACUGUUUUGCUAUGUUCUUCUUUUUCUGUUUUUAUAUUUACAUUACUUGAUAUCUAAGUAAAAUGUUGAUGCGCUCUCGUUUUUGUUAAUUUUCAGUACAGAUGAUUUAAAACCGUCCGCUUAAAGCGAUAGAAAAAUGCAUAUUAGACAGGGGGGAAAAAGCAUCGCAAUCAUCGCCCAAUAAAAACAUUUGUUGUUGAUUCAAUAUCGUGACUGCUGUUCAUUUGGAAUUUGUCCUUUUUUUCCUUGAGUGGAGAAGAUGAAUGAAGUGAAAAUGGAAGAGCAACCAGAAGAAGAAAAGCUUGCAAAUUUGCUGGCUGAAGGUAUUAUUAACUACGUUUUGUUGUGCUGCUGGAAUGUGGAGUUGCACCCCAAAAAAAAUAAUUAGCUCCCCAAGUACCACUGUAAGUCCCAACGAUAAAAUACAGUUGCUUAGCACCCCUAAAUGUUCAUCACAAACAAGACAAGUGAUAUUCUGAAAGUUGUAAUCUUGAGAUCUUGAAUAUGGAUUUGCUUUUCCAAGAAUGAAUCCCAAAUUUCAUAUCAAUAAAGUGCAAAUGUCAGUCUGUCCAUCCAUUUUCAAUCCCGCAUCCCAUGUUCAGGGUUGUGGGGUUUUGGCGCCUACGACACGCUGAAGUGGUUGCCAGAUUCUUUUGCAUACCAAUAAAGGGAGCCUGCAACGUCUCGGUGCCGAUGGCGGGGCCUCCCAAGCGGCGGCACCACUGCACGCUGUGCGAGCGCGACUUCUCGUGCCCGUCGCGCCUCUCCGACCACAUCGCGGCGCACUUUGGCGAGAAGCCGCACGCCUGCGGCGUGUGCGGCAAGCGCUUCAGCAAGAAGAUCAACGUCAAGGUUCACCAGAGGGUGCACACGGGCGAGAAGCCCUACGCCUGUCAGGACUGCGGCGCCCGCUACGCCCAAUUGGGCUGCCUGCGACGCCACCGCCUGCGCCACGCCCCGCAGAAGCAGCACACGUGCGACGAGUGCGGCCGCGGCUUCCUGCAGCGACGAUACCUUCUGCAGCACCAGCGCGUGCACACGGGCGAGCGCCCGUACGCCUGCGCGCUUUGCCCCAAGCGCUUCGCCUCUACCGCAGGCCGCUCGGAGCACCAGCGCACGCACUCGGGCGACGCCUACACCUGCGCCGUGUGCCGCAAGGUCUUCACCACGCCGUCGGCCUUCCGCGACCACGCCACGCUGCACACCGGCCGCAAGCCGCACCCUUGCUCUGUGUGCAGCAAGAGCUUCAACCGGCCGGGCCUGCUUCGCAAGCAUCUGCAGAAACAUCUGGAAGACGCCGUGGACGACGAACAAGACGGUGAGGAAGAGGAGCACUCGCAGGAUGGGUCUUCAUUGCCAGCAGAGCGGUCGGCGCGCCUGAAGAAGAAGACGAAGAAGAAGAAGGUCCACGAGUGCGAGCUGUGCGGCCGCGUCUUCUCCAGGCCGUACAAGCUGAAGGAGCACCUGGAGGUCCACGCGGCCACGCGGCUGCACGGCUGCUCGGUGUGCGGCAAAAGCUUCGCCAACGCCACCAACCUGAAGGCCCACGAGAAGAUCCACACUGCCGAGCGGCCGCACCGCUGCCACAUUUGCGCCAAAUGCUUCCUCAGGCCCUACGAGCUGCGCAAGCACAUCAAGACGCACGAGCGCCAGGACCUCUUGGACCUCCCUGCCGUACCUGUGCCAGCACUGACGACGACGACGACAUCGAUUCCUGCCAACAGCACCAAUAUGGAAGACGGAGUCAUGCAACCUCUGAAGGAGGAGGCUUUUCCCAAAGAGGAGCAGCUUCCCGGUAACCACGGCAACCAGGAUGCCAAGAAGGAAGAGCAGCGGGAGGAGGAAACGGUGAACGGUCUCAUCAACUCUGACGGUGAAGAAGAAGCCUGGAGCCCCGCCCUCAUACAAUCGGACGGCACCACAAUGGCGACGACGAGGACGAGAACGAGGGCGGCAGCAGCAGCGCGGUGCUCCAACGAGGACAAACGCGGCUACGUGUGCCCGGUGUGCGGCCGCGACUGCUUCAAGGCGUCGGCGCUGCAGAAGCACCUGCGCAUCCACUCGGGCGAGCGGCCCUUCCAGUGCGCCACCUGCAAGAAGACCUUCACGCAGCAGGUGCAUCUCAAGGAGCACCGGCGCAUCCACACGGGCGAGAAGCCCUACGCCUGCACGCUCUGCACCAAGACUUUCACCUUCUCCAGCGCGCUGCGCCGCCACCAGCGGCUGCACGGCGACGCGCGGCCCUUCGCCUGCCACAUCUGCGCCAAGACCUUCAAGCAGGCCACCUCGCUCAAGAGCCACAUGCUGGUGCACUCGGACGUGCGCCACCACUGCCCCGUAUGCCACAAGGCCUUCAGCCGGCCGCUCGAACUCAGCUACCACGUGGAUGUGCACGACGCCAGCCGACCCUACUUCUGCCGCACCUGCCGCAAGAACUUCAGCGGGGCGCGGGCCUUCCGCAAGCACGUUAAAAGGCACCAGGCGAAGGAAGCCGCUGCUGCGCAAGCCGCCACCGCCGCAGCUACAGCUGCUGAGGAUACUGCCGCCACGGCAACCGCUGCCGAGGGUGACGACCCCACAUCAGCAGCCGCCGAGGAUGCCGCCAUCACCGGCGAGGAGACGAGCCAAAGUGCCGAAAAGUGCGACUGACGCGCUGGGCGCCUCAAAAAUCAACAUUUCUUAUCUUCAAUUAAAAAUUAUCAGCAUAACAGCA